AUGAAUGAUAAUAUAAGCAAAGUAAAUAGCACUGUUGUAGAACUUUUAGGUAUGUCUGACUUAUUUAAACGUAUGCAGAACACGUGCUGGGUAAAAUGUAUUCCAGAUGUACAUGAUUCAUUUCUUUCAGUAGGUGAAACCAGUUGUGUUGAUAGAUGUGUUAAUAAAUAUAUGGAAAUACAUACACUCGUUGGAAAAAAUUUACAGGAAUCUCAAAUCACAAAAUAA